AUCAGCAUAUUAACUGGAGUCACGAUGUGGAAAGAUUAUUGUGCUACGGAUGAUAACGAACAAAAAAAAAAGGUUACCUGUGACAGAAAACGAUAGUUUUUUUUUCGCCAAACUUUCUCGCAUGGGAUAGAGAAACAGCAGGUGGAUUUUGUUUCUUUUUAUUCAUCUGACCUUAAAAAUAUAGAAAAAAAGUAUGCAACCCAUUUCAUGACGGAAAUCACUCUUUCCCUACUAUAAAAAAUGCAAAUUCUUUUCAAGAAUUUUACAAUAAAUAACCCCGGCAAAGUCCCAGUAGCAUCACUUGUCCGUUCUGCUGGACAACAUCAGAUAGUCGAGUCACCAUGCUGUCCUUUAGCUCUGCCCUCGUUGUUUUCCUAGUGCUGGGACUAGGAAAUACCAAAAGUAUCGAUGACUGUCCAUCGGGGAUACCACGGAACAAGUUCUUGCAGUUUCGCAAAGGCCUGUGUUACGAGUUCGCAGUGACAACAUAUCGUUACUUCUGGCAUGCCGAGAGCAACUGUCUGGCGAACGGCGGGCUACUCGUUCAAAUCAAGUCAAAAGAUAUUAACGACUACAUUCAAAAAGAGCUUCAUGAAACCUACAAGGAGCCAUAUGACACAUGGAUCGGUCUUGACGACGCCAAUCCUGGGGAGAAAUUCACGUGGGCCGACGGCAGCAGUGUGAAUUAUGAAAACUGGGCACCUAAUGAAGGCGAGAGAUUUGGUGGCGGGUUGGACGCUUGCGCCACAAUCGACCCUGUCAACGGAACCUGGAUCGAUUAUCCCUGCCAAGGAUUUCUUUUUGAAGAAGUCAAACCUUACGUGUGCGAGUAUGACCCCGAUAACCUUUUGACCACCCCAGCUACGAAUUAGUAUUUUAAUAUAAUUUGGCUAAAAAGAACUCCUCGCAAUUAAAGACAAUUAACCGUUUACUGAGACCAAAUAGACAUGCUCGUUAGUAAAACUGAUUAUGUUAGAAAUAAAUAAUGUUCUGAUGAGAUCAAUAUGUCUCCCUGUCUCACUUACGAUAACUGAAACUCCUCCAAUAUGAGGCAAUUUCUGCUGUUGAAGAGAAAAACUUUCUCAUCCUGAGUUGACUCUAUUCAUUUGUGGAAUCUUCAUAACAAGUACAUAUUAUUAAAAGUUAAGUCGCCAUCAGUAAUAACAUAUUCCUGUCUAUUCUGGUUGCUCGUAAACGAUUUGAUUUCAACAUUUAUAGAGGUAGACGUCUUACCAAUAAAUUGUGCAUUGGAA